GUCAACUUUGUGGUGUGCCAACUCUUUGCCUUGCUAGCAGCCAUUUGGUUUCGAACUUAUCUACAUUCAAGCAAAACUAGCUCUUUUAUAAGACAUGUCGUUGCUACCCUUUUGGGCCUUUAUCUUGCACUUUUUUGCUUUGGAUGGUAUGCCUUACAUUUUCUCGUACAAACCGGAAUCUCCUACUGUAUCAUGAUCAUUAUAGGAGUGGAGAACGUGCACAAGUACUGUUUUGUCUUCGCUUUGGGAUACCUCAUAGUGUGCCAAAUUACUAGAGUCUAUAUCUUUGAUUAUGGACAAUAUUCUGCUGACUUUUCAGGCCCAAUGAUGAUAAUUACCCAGAAGAUCACUAGUUUGGCUUAUGAAAUUCAUGAUGGAAUGUUUCGACAGGACGAAGAACUGACCCCAUCACAGAGAGAGUUAGCAGUAAGGCGCAUGCCCAGCCUCCUGGAGUAUCUCAGCUACAACUGCAACUUCAUGGGGGUCCUGGCGGGCCCCCUCUGCUCCUACAAAGACUACAUCACUUUCAUCGAGGGCCGAUCCUUCCACGCGACGCAGUCGGGCGAAAAUGGCAAAGAGGGGCUGCAUGGCGAGAGGACGGAGCCAUCUCCAAAUACAGCGGUGAUUCAGAAGCUCUUGGUCUGCGGACUUUCCUUACUAUUCCACCUGACCAUCUCGAACACGCUGCCUGUGGAGUACAACAUUGACGAGCAUUUCCAAGCUACAGCUUCGUGGCCCACCAAGGUCCUCUACCUGUAUGUCUCUCUUUUGGCUGCCAGACCCAAAUACUAUUUUGCAUGGACGUUAGCUGAUGCUAUUAACAACGCCGCAGGCUUUGGUUUCAGAGGGUACGAUAGAAAUGGAGAAGCUCGUUGGGACUUAAUUUCCAAUUUGAGGAUUCGGCAAAUAGAGAUGUCAACAAGUUUCAAGAUGUUUCUUGAUAAUUGGAAUAUUCAGACAGCUCUUUGGCUCAAAAGGGUGUGUUACGAACGAGCCUCCUUGAGUCCGACCAUCCAGACGUUCAUCCUCUCUGCCAUCUGGCACGGGGUGUACCCCGGAUACUACCUGACAUUUCUAACAGCAGUGGUGAUGACAUUAGCAGCUCGAGCUAUAAGAAAUAACAUCAGACAUCAUUUCAUUGAACCUCCCCCGCUGAAAUUAUUGUAUGAUGUUAUCACGUGGAUGGUUACUCAGAUAGCAAUAAGUUACACAGUAGUGCCAUUUGUACUUCUUUCUAUAAAACCGUCAUUCAAGUUCUACAGCUCCUGGUAUUACUGCCUUCACAUUGUUGGUAUCUUAGUAUUAUUGUUGCUACCAGUGAAAAAAACUCAGAGAGGGAAGAACACACAUGAAAAUGUCCAGCUGUCACGAUCCAAAAAGAGUGACGAAAGAGAAAAUUCUUCGGGACAGAAUAGUUGUUCCACAACAAACAAUGUUUGCAAUCAGAACCAAGAAAUAGCCUCUAGACAUCCAUCAUUAAAGCAAUGAUGGGGGAAACCCUCGACGGCUAUUGUGUGUGUGUUAACGGAAACCAAUCUUAGCACCUUCUCAAGGGGUUUGGGUUAGUCCGAAAAGGGAUGGAGUGCGGGAAAUCGGACCGUUGUCGGUGGGGAGUUUUCUGUACACCCAAUGGGAAGUGGAGUGAAGUAACCCCUCCCAUGCCAUGUCCCUGUGGGCCACGCCUUAUAUAAAAUAUUUCCAUUUUUUCAACGGGCACUCAGGACCUCGGCGUACGUCCGUAGGUCACAUGCGUGCCCUGUUGCUGAAUGUACGUGUGUACCCCGAGGCGCUGAAGAGAUGGAAAAACAACGUGUCAAUCCAGAUGACUGAGAGAAAUCAACUUUUCCCAAAUGACUGCCUUGCCUUAAACCAUUUCCUCAAAUAUCGUUCCUACAUGGUAUUUCCAAGUGUAGUAUUGUGAGAACACUAUUUCGGUAUUUGAUGUCGUGUGCUGUAAAGGAAUUCUGGAAGGAUUCGAAACAGGAUAUUUAAGGUCGUGGGGUACUUUAAAAACGCAAUAAACAUCUCGGUAUUGGAAGGGUUUUCUUAAGGUAUCUCAAGUGACUACAGGACGCAGUGAAACUGUCAGCAGGGUGCCGAAUUAUAGGUACCUUAUUCCCCUGAGAGUUUAAUUACCUUGUGUCAGUCAGAGAGCCCUUCAAGGAAGAAUUCCUUAAACGUAACUGAAGGUUGGCAGUGCGAUGUUUUAAGCCUAUUUUCUUGAGAGAGAGAGAGAGAGAGAGGAUGACAGGGAAGGCAGACAGGCACGAAUGAAGACAGCACGACGUGGCCCGGAGCGGGAGGCGGCAGCGGCAGCUGUGACGGGCAGGUGCGCAGGGCAGGGGCCAGGUGCUCAGCAGAAGUGCUUUCCCCCCUUAUUUAUCUGAGUUUUCUGUCAUGAUCUAAGACAUAAAAAUUUAAUAACUUUUUAAUACAUUGGACUUGGAAAUUUAUCAAGCAGAAGUUAUACGGAAUUCUAAGAGGAUUAUGAAAAUAAUCGCGGUAGACCGCUCGAAGGUUUUGAGUAAGGCUACUGUCUGGCUAAUCACUCUCUCACCCUUGACACUUUAAUUCACAUUUAGGAAAGUUUUCGGGAAAUGAAAACUUCGUCGUUGGGUCCGAACUGCACCUUUAGAGAAUAAUACAAAUUAGUUUCCCAACUCUUAACGUCUCACAUUAAAAUUUUGCCGUUAACUCUCGUUGAUGAGUUUCUGAUUCUGUAAGUAGAAAAAUAUUCUUUUAUCUCAUGGGCCGUUUUCCGCCACAGCGGACCUCACCUGGAGUUGCUCCGAGGUGUCUCCUUUAACCCCACAGAGUCGUGCGACGCCGCAGUAGCUGCAGAAGAAUGGGGUGUGACUCCGGGUGGCGUCGGGGCCUCGCCGUGCAUCCUAGACCCUGGGCCGUGAGGCAGGAGGGCGGGCAGAGCCUUCGGACUGCACCUUUAUUUGACCAGUUUUUUUGUGGAAUUUAUUUUCUUUUUGCCUUAAAUUAUUUAAUGAAUUGCAAACUGUCUAUGGUAAGUCUCUUUAUGUUUGUCCUUAAUAAAUUUGUAAAUGAACUUAAGAACAGAACAACUAUCUGGCUUAAGCGAUGUAGUAUUUCAUUUAAAGAAGGAAAAGCAAAGGUACUUGGAACUUUUGAGGUCUUCAUCAGCAAAAAUAUCAGUGUACCCUUUUAGAACUUCAGAAAUAUCUGAGUAUUUGUUUAUAUGAAAUGUUUUUAUUUUUCUAACGGUAAAUUUUUUCCUACCUGCUGAGGUUAGCCAUGCUACCUUCUAGAAAAGAAUACAGACAGCUGAGUAAACUUUCUUGUUUUCCUCAUGCGUUGAAAUUAAGCUUGCUGUGUAAUGUGAGAGGACAGAACAGAGUAAUCAGGAGAAGGAUCCGCCUCCCAGCAUCUCUCCUCAGUUUAAUUAAUGCUGCAGAGACUCUAAUCGCCAUUAAGAAAAAGUAAAUAAAUUUAGAGUUUAAAAGACAAGUCUAGGCACGUCAUGAAAACAAGAAAGCUUAUUAAAACUUGUUUCUUCA